GUCCAUCGCCCAUCUCAAAAGUUUGCUUUUCACCACAAAAAGUUCAGCACUUCUUUUUCUUUUUCAACAACAUUCCUACCGAUCGACCUGAUUCACCAUAAAUCUCUCUUACACAAACAUCGACAAUGAGAUUUCAAUCCACGAGUACAGGGAUUCUCAUCGUUCUAUCAGCCGCUCUCCUUGCUAGCCUCGCCGACGCGGGCUCCUCAUAUCUCAGCGGCUUCGUUCUCUUCGGCAGCCACAACCGGGAAAAACAGGCCGCUGUCGGCAGACUUAUCAUGCCCUCACCUGCUUCAGAAGACGAUUUUUUCCAGUUUGAUCGAAACGAGCUGCAGAGCUCGCGGAGGAUAUCUUUCGACAGCCAGGAUUACGCAUACCUGCUGCCUUCGCUGCAAGACAAUAGCACGGCCUGCAGUAUAGCAAACAAUGGCUGCGCGCCCAAGAACGUUCUGCCAAGUCGGACCAGUCUUUACGACAGCGAUCGGCCAAAGCUCGAUCGGACGGACAAAGACGGCAAGCUGGUGAUGUACCACGUACCCGUCGAGACCGCUGUCGACAGCUACCACAUGGAGGACGGCAACGAAUCUCAACUUCAGAUCGAGCGCAAGCUGGUGCCUACGGGAUCGAGUACGAACGCACACGCUGUGAUUGGCGGUCGUGCAAGUCGCGACAUGCGGAUGCGAAAAGGUCCUCAUCCGACCGUAGUCACUGCUCAAGUUUCCAGCUCGGAUCUGCAAACUGACGCAAACAUGCUCACAACACAAGAAACAGCAACCGCCAAGGGCCACGAUGCUCAGCAGCGAUUACCGCGGAUAACACAUUCACCGCGAGCAGAUAUCGACGCCGGCACCGUGUACUAUGAAUACGACGACUCGACGGUUAUAAUAGACCGCGACUCGAUCAUCCUCGUGCGGUUAUACAGCUACCUUGAUUUACUGGCCAGCACGGUGGACGCGGUCCGAACCGAGUUCGAACACAGCGCCGUCAGCGGGCUCGCGUCGAAAGCGCACGUCCGGAUAUUCGACGACUUGCAGGCAACAAAGAGUACUCUGCAGAGCUGGAAAAAGAGCGUACAAAGCCGCGAUUACGACUUUGCGCUUGAGGACGUCGUGUCGUCGAUUUCCAGCACUGUUUCGAGGUACCCGAUAUGUACGAUGCUUCUAGCCCUGUUUUUUGUGAUGUGCUUCCUAUAAACAGGUAGCACUAUUG